AUAACGUGGACAAUGGUCGGGUGCGCGCGCAUCUUUGUAUUUAGGCUGAGGUGAGCAGCGCGUCAGUUGUCGUGUCGCGUCCGCGGGUGUCAGUCCACAGUUACCGAUUUGACCAGUACGGGUUGUGUGCUGAUACAGUUUGGUGACGUCACAGUUAUGACGACUACUACUCAUCACCCAGACACUACCUUCCGCAGCAAGACAUGCGCAUCUUUCAGUAUCGUGGUGGAUGAUGUGGAUGCCAGAGCUACUGGAGACGACAGCCACAUGCUCCACAAGUUGCUGACUGAUACCUCUCUUGACAUAAGGAAAUGCUCACAGUCCCAGUGCAAGGAAGAGUCCAAUGCCAGGAUCAGGCAGAUACAGGUGGAGGCCGAGAGCCGUAAAAUGGAGUUCGCUCGCCUGCUUGAGGAGCACGCCCAGGUCAUCAAGAAACUGAAGCAGAUGGAGGAGGACGGGGCUGCGCUACAUGCGUGAACAUGCCGGCACAUACACGUGCACAACAUGAGACUGAGCGCAACUGCGUAUUGCAUACCAGCGAUGGAGGCACAGCCAACAUCUCAGUGUGAUGAACAUGAAUGGAUAAAGGGACAUUAAAUUAUUUAAGAAAGAGUUUUUACAUCAAAUUCAUCUCUAUUGAUUGUUUGCAAAGUCAUUUUUGCAUUUAUUUUUGUGUAGAAAGUGGGCAAUUACAUUUCACUAAUUAUCUAAAUAACAUUAACACUGAGACGGCUACAGUAGUUUAAGUUUAGUAAUAAUUACUUGUAUGGUAGUUAUAUUGCUCGAAUUCAUUCUGAAGCCAUUAAAAAAAUUUAAUAAACACUAUGAUGAUUCAAUAUACAUUAUUUAACAAUAAUAUUCAAAAAUAAAUCAUUUUUCUCAACCAUGAUUUUAACAUGAAGUGAUGAAUGAGCUUAAUGGUUAUUGGGGAAGACACAUUUCAAUUGAAGGGUUUUAAACCCCUAAAUAUAGAAGUCUUCAACCAUAUUAAAUUCAAAUUUACACCACACAUUUUACAUUUUUUGGUCUUAAACUUUUUUAAAUAUUAUAAUUUUUUAGUUAGAUUUCAAGGGAUAACACUAUGUGGCUUGCAGUUAUGUUUACCCAGUAUAUAUCAAAAUUUAAUUAGAAUAGUUUAAGUUUCUACCAACUUCUAGGGGAGGUGUUUUUCCACUACAAGUAGGAGUAUUUUCUUUUUUAAAGGAAUGUUGGUAUAUCCAAUUACAAUCCAAGCCAAACUGAGACAUCUGGCUGACAUUAGAGACCAUUCAACACAAUUCGCUAGUGAUGCCCUCGUUCUGCAAAUGGCAUUUUUUCGAUCUAGUUGUCUGAUCACCAUGUGAACAGUUUAACUCUGAGACAUGUGUUUUCUGUUUUCUAUCUAUGAAAAAUAUAUUUUGUUAUUACAGCUACAUUUACUUUUCCUGCCACUAUUUAACCAAGUUUGGUCGAUGGAAGAAAUAUCGCUUGAGAGUUAAAAAGAAAACACUACAGUUUAACAACCAACUGUUCACACACAGUUCAUAGUCAUUCGCAAUUUUACUCCAGUAAAACCACAGAAAACAUAAAGCACAGAAUGUGUCAGUUCACAGAUUGAUCAUACAGCCAGAUAGAUCUACAUUCACUGGAUAUAGUGCAACUACUGGUUCCUUGUACUAGUAUCAGUGAGGCUUGGACUGUUUUUUAUAAAUACCAUCCCUUUGAAAAAUAUGACUUGGUAACGUUGCAGCCAGCAAGCCAUUCAAUUUUCAUGGUAUCGGUUGUUUCGGUAAUACUUGAUCCUCAUUGGCUCACUGUAUCAAAAUUCAUACUCACUGGAUAAAAUAUAAAAAAUUGCAUUAUUAGACUAAAUAGUCAUAAAUAAAAUUAACUAAGAUUAGUCAUUCCAGUACAGAUUCCUUUUUUUACAAGUCUACUGCAUUGGAUAAAAUUUGUCAUUUUUUGUAGAAAACAGCAUGGCACAUAGUUUAAUCAGAUCAUUACACUAUUUCUGAUCUAUCAAUAUGGUACAGCUUUACAUUUUUACCCACAAUAAAUUCUCCAAAUAUAAAUUAUAUUUGAUUAAAUAUAAAGAAGUAUUGAUCACCCAUUGGUUUUAAAACAGUCAUUAGCUCUUUAGUAGGUUAAGCAUAGUUAAAUGUGAAUUUUUACACUGAAACAAGUUGAAAAAUGUAUUGUAUUAUAAAAUCAGGAAACUAGUUCACCAAGUGUUCCUCCAGUCAUUAAGUAUUUACUUUAAUAACUUUUAUUAUCUUAAUUCAUUUAUAAAUAUUCACAACAGAACUUAAAUUUAAUUAUAUAUUCAGUAUUUGUUACAAAUACGUUUUAUUUCUCGAACAAACUGCAUUAGGCAUAGUUAGUUUAGAAAUUAGUUAUUGUUAGUGCAAUAAACUGAUAACAGUGUGACAAUAAUCACUAGUUAGGUGCUAAUGUCCAGUACAACCUUGACUUUUAUAUUUUUAAGGUGUAAAUGUUUGUAAAAUAUACUAUUUUCAAACUGAA